CGCAAGCAAGCAAGCAAGCAGUGUAUAGGAGCUGGUAGAAAGAAGUGCAUAGGAGAGAGUCCCAUCGCACAGUCCCUUUUGUAGACGGGCACGGGGACACUACAAUAGUGCACAGCAGGAAAGACACAGCUGUCUGAAGGCCUGAGUGUGGCACAGAGGACAUCAACCCCACAGUCGUUAGAUCCUCUUCAGGAACCCCAGAUCAUUACUCCUACCUGCUUGCUUCACCAUCUCGAGUUACAACAAGCCACACAAAGAUAAGAACACCCGUCGAGAUAUCUCAGAAACUGAAAAGGUGCCAGCGUGUCACCAGAGUCUUGCUCAUUUGAGCAGUAGUAGCCCAUUCCUUCAAAGACGCACUUCACCUUUUCAUGAAGAUGAAUUACUUGAGGAGGCGCCUCUCCGACAGCAGUUUUGUGGCGAAUUUGCCGAAUGGUUAUAUGAUGGACCUGCAGCGACCUAACAAUUCAACCAGCUCACCAGUGUCCCCGGCCACUGAGCGCCGCCAACCGCCGGCCCCCUCCGCUGGCAACACCAUCCUCAGCUCCAUCUCCAACGCCGUCAAGCAGACAACAGCAGCCGCUGCGGGAUUGGUGGACCAAACGGGAGCGCCGCCUGCUGCCGCUCCCACCCCUCCCGCCGUCCGGAAACCGAAGAUCCUCUUGGUGGUCGACGACCCUCACACUGACUGGUCCAAGUACUUCCGUGGCAAGAAGGUUUUGGAAGAAUAUGAGAUCCGUUUAGAGCAGGCUGAGUUCUCAGAGCUGAAUCUGGCCGCCUACGUGAAUGGGGGAUGUAUGAUUGACAUGCAGCUGAUUCGGAAUGGAACUAAAGUGGUCAGGUCUUUCAAACCAGACUUUGUUCUCAUUCGUCAGCAUGCGUACAACAUGGCCCAUGGUGAGGACUUCCGUAACCUCAUCGUCGGCUUGCAGUACGGUAGGGUGCCCGCGCUUAACUCUCUCCAGUCCGUCUACAACUUCUGCAACAAGCCCUGGAUGUUUUCCCAACUGAUAAAGAUCUCCCACACUCUGAGUCCAGAGAAGUUCCCACUGAUUGACCAGACUUUCUUCCCCAACCACAGAGAGAUGCUCACAAUUCCCAAAUUCCCUGUGGUUGUAAAGAUGGGCCACGCUCAUGCAGGUAUGGGUAAGGUAAAAGUUGAAAAUCAUUAUGACUUCCAGGAUAUAGCCAGUGUCGUGGCCCUGGCAAAAACUUACGCGACCACAGAACCUUACAUUGAUUCCAAGUACGACAUCAGAAUUCAGAAGAUUGGGAACAAUUAUAAAGCAUACAUGAGGACUUCAAUUUCAGGAAACUGGAAAGCAAAUACUGGCUCUGCUAUGCUGGAACAAGUGGCCAUGACGGAACGCUAUCGAACAUGGGUGGAUGCCUGUUCUGAGAUGUUUGGUGGCCUGGACAUCUGCGCGGUAAAAGCUGUACAUGGGAAAGAUGGGAAGGAUUACAUCAUUGAGGUAAUGGACAGUGCCAUGCCUCUCAUUGGAGAAUAUAUUGAGGAGGACAGACAGCUCAUAGCAGAACUGGUCAUAGGGAAAAUGAACCAGCUUCUAUCAGACAACCCUGCAGUAUCCCAGCAACAAGCCGGAAUGACUCUGAGCCAGGUCCAGCCUCCAUCAACAAAAGCUCCGAUGCAUCCUCAACCAGGAACCAUUUCCCAGUGGGGGCAGACAGCCCAAACGCGUCCACCACCUCAAGGAAGCCCACGACAGCCCCAGAGUCCCCAGAUACAGCGUUCCAACACGGCGCCUCACCAAAGGCCUUCUCCACCAGGGCAGCAGUCUCAGAGUCCUCAGUCUGCCACAGGCCAGCAGGAUAAAUCACCAGGUUCAGGUUCUCCAAAACAAAUCAAAUCUGCCGGCACCUCUCCUAACCAGUCAUCCAAGCCAGGAGCUUUCUCUGCACUGCAGGCCAGGCUGCCCUCUCAGGGCCAGGCACUUUCUCAGCCAGGAUCUGCGGCAGUGUCACCACAGCAACAGAUUGCAGCACCGCAGCCACUGCUCAACAAAUCACAAUCCUUGACAAACAGCUUCAGUGUUACUGAGACCCCUCAGCAUGCCGCUGCCAAUGAAGAUGAAGCAAAAGCAGAGACAAUUCGAAACCUGAGGAAAUCCUUUGCAAGCCUCUUUUCUGAUUAACUCUUUACAAUACUUUCAUUUCUCAAUUGAUGGAAUAGAUAUGUAAAGCUGUGAAAUUGCAGGCAACUGCCAAACUGUUCUGGAAGUUUAAUGGGAAAUGGAGAUGGAAACAUCUGGAGUGUAGGAUGCAAACAUGGAUCAGAGGGUGUUUCAUUUCAAUUUGUGGAUAAAAGGCUGUAAAAUGAGGUAUGGUUUUCCAACUAGGUUGAGGCAAAAAAUUCCUGGAAUGUCAGGUGUGUGCAGAUGUAACUAUGUGUGGUGUGAAUAAUGUGCACUUUAUCUCUCAAUGCAGUUGUUGAGUGUCUUAUGGAAUGCUGUUACCAAUCAGAGAAUCACCAUUUAUUUGGAUUAAAAAACAAAGCAUAGGCAAGAUUGCUUGAUAAUUAAUCCCUAAUAACCAAACCACUGAUCCACUUAAAUCACUUCCAUAUUCUCAAACAUUUCAGCUUUAUGCUGAAUUUGAAUUCCCUUCUAUAAGCACUAAUUUUAUUUCUCUCCGUAUUCAAAUCCUGGAUCCUUUAUUUCUCUUCUUAUGUUGCUUGAUAAUUUUGCUCAGAGAGUACAACAGAUUUAAAAUAAAAAUAGGUCAACACCAUUAUAGGUUAGCCUUAAUCUCUCAUGUCCCUUUUAAAUGAAUAAACGCCGGAGGAGGAUUUCUCCAGUCUGCACCGCACUGCAGAAAUGAUUAUCAAUCAAGGCAGAAUUCAUCACCAGCUUCCCAUCUCUAUUGAUGCGACAAACUCUAUACAUCAGUGGCAGAUUCUUCCAUAUCCAAUCAGUAAUUCCCCGUAGUGUUGCAUUCCCCAUUUAACUACAGCUAGAUGCUAUCCUCAUUUUAUAUCCUCCAGUCACACCAUCUGGAUAAAUUAAAGAAGAUUCUGACACUAGUAGUAAUAUAAGAGAUCAGCAUUGCAAAUGUUGUCCUAACUGUGAUCAAUGAUAAUUUGGGUUUGCAUACAUUAAAAGGGAAUUUAAAGCCACCAGCAAGAUGACAUUAUUAUGGUUUUCCAUUCCUCGUGAGGAAUGACAAAAUAUUGAACAUGAAUAAAAAUACUGUAGAUGCUGGAAAUCUUUAAUAAAAACAAAAAAAUUCUGGAAUCACUCAGCAAGUCGGACAGUGUCUGUGAAAGAAGAAACAGAGUUAAUGUUUCAGGUCAAAGACCUCUCAGACAAAAAGGGUCCUCGACCUGAAACAUUAACUCUGUUUCUCCUACCACUGAUGCUGCCUGACCUAUAGUAUGCUCCUCCCAUUUUCUGUGAUAAAAUACUGGGACAAUUUCAACCGGCACCGAGAGGACAAAAAGGUUAAAGGAUUUCGAUUGGGAUUAUCAAUUUAAAAUUGUCACUGCAAAAGUAAGGAAUGAGUGUAGGAGAGAUUUUAUUUUGUGCAGCAACUUGUUAAAGCAUAGAACGCUUAACCAAGAGUAGCUAAGGUAGAUCUAUUGAAUCCCUUUAAGCAAAUUGGAUAACUUAUUGAAGCCAAAGAUCAUACUCAUUAUGGUGAGAAAUCAGGGCAAUGAGAUUGUUUUGGAUCACUCCAUCAGAGAGCCAGUCAAAGUACAGUAGGCCAAUGCUAAAGUUUUCUUUGAUUCAUGCAGACAGGAGGCUUAUUUGGACUGUAAAUUUCUUUUCUGUAAAUUUAAAUGCAUCAGAAAUAGUGGAUUCAAGCAAGAAGUUAGUGGUUUGACGAUUUAGUUAUGCAGUAAACUAGACAUAUCUCACAGCAUUUCUGGGGUAUAAAUGUUAACCUUUGGUGAUGGUGUAACACAGACUACAUCAUAUUUUCUUUUUCAUUGACUAACCCUGAGCCUAGCUAACAAAUCAUUAUAAGCAAAAGAUUAGAUGGGAUGUACUAUGUCAGACUUUGGGACUGAUGGGAAGUACCACAUUUCCAGAUAAUUAACUCAGGCUAAGUAACAUCAGUAUGGCCUUUAGAAGAAAAGACAACCAUAUUCUAUCCAAAAUGGAAAUCCUUAUAUUCCCUUCCUACCUCCCAGGCAAUAUGAUGGAUAUAAAGCAGACUUUUUAAAAAAAAAGGCUUCAUAUACAAAAUUAUUUUCAAGGGUCUAACAACAGCUUCUCACUCUUGGCUCAAACAGUUGGCAAAAGAAAGCAAAACUGCAAAAUGAAUGCUGCCAGUGCGUCACAUGGGAUAGCUGUUGCAGAGCCCAUCAUUUAUAACAAAAUUAUCUGUAAGCAGAAAUAACCAAAAUAUUAGGCGUUGAAUGCUAAUUAUUUUUAUCAUUUUGGUUAGAUUUAUGUCUGGUAAUAGUUGCAAAGCAAUAGACAUCAACCCUUUUUGAAAUGUCUCUAAAUACUAGGCAGGUAUGUAUAUAGCUGUUUUAUUUUACUCCAGUAGAAAGAAGCAACAAUAUCACUGAGAGAUGCAAGGUCGGCAGGGUAGAUGCUAUAAGACUGUUUCCCCCUGGCUGGACAGUCCAGAAUCAGAGGGCAUAAUCUCAGGAUAAAGGGUUGAUCAUUUAGGACCAACCUGUGAAGAAAUUCUCAAAUGCAGAGGGUUGUAAACCUUUAGAAUUUUCCUCCUCAGGGUGGUGUGGAUACUCAGUAUAUUUAAGGCUGAGAUCAAUACAUGUUUGAACACUAAGGGAAAUGGAGAAUGAAAGUUGGCUAGGGAGGGUGAGAGAAUCAGGUGGCAAAGUGAACUUCAGGCACAGUAUUAACCCUUAUCUUAUUGAAUGGUGGAACAGGACCAGGCUUGAGGAGGAACUCUUGCUUCCAGUUCCUUUGUUCUUAUUCGUAAGAUCAUCACAGGAAUCAUUUUAUGUUGAUGCACUAAUUCGUACAGAAAAGAAAUUCUUAUGAUCUGAAACCCAAUAAUUAUUCUCUUCUCUAUUCUUUCCUUGUUCUUUGAGAUAUUUAGUGAAAGAUGUAUGACGCACAACUAAUGAACGCGUUUGUGGACUGGUGCCACUAUUGUCUGAGCCAGGCCGAUGUUAAUAACUUCCUGCUGCUGCCUUUUCCUCUUUCUUUAAAUGCCUGCGUUCCCACACGUACUCCUCUUGGUCAAAGCCCGCACUCUGCUCGUUCUGCAGCUUCAUCCAAUGUGCCCCUGUAUCCCUAUUUUUCUGACUAAUUUAGGGUUCUGUCAGUCAUGAGUGAAUCUGGAGAAAAAGUUUUCCUCCUUCAAAUGGACACUCUGAGCUGACUCAGAUAUCCAUUCCAUCUAGAAUCUGCAUGGAUAUAAUCCUGAGGGAACUAUUCAAGAUAUACAAUAGUCUCACCUCAUGGUGAAAUCUUUCAUCCGGGCUUUUCCAGAUAAUUGAAGUUCCAGGAAUGUAGUGAAAGAAGAUUGCUGAAGAGGUAGAAAGAUGAAAGGAGAGAAAAGCAAAAACUGGAAGUGAGGAGAGAGAAAUAAGUGGAGGUGAGAAACUGAAGGGCAUAAUGAAAAAGGGGGAGAAAACAUCUUUUGCAGGCUUAUCUGAAUGCUGUAAGCUUUUUGAUUGGGACUGAGGCAAUAAACUAGUAACAUUGUUAAACCUUGGAGAUUCUCUAUGGUUUGGAGCUGGGACUGUUGGUUUGCCAUUAAUAAAAUGGAUUCCAAAACUCAAUGCAAACUGAUCAAGUAUGAAGAUGAUAUCACACUAGGAAGGACAGUAAAAUGGACAUAGGAAAUUCAGUUGGAGAAAGAAGUAGCUGGAAAAAUGGUAAAUUAAAAUUAAUCCAAAGAAACAUGAAGUGCUGCAUAUCUGAAGGAAGAUUUGAUGAUACAUAGUACUCUAUGAAUAGUACUGAAACACCCAAAGGUGAAGCUAGGAUACCUCCUACCUGUCCAUCUCCUAUCAGGAAAGCCUUAAAGUCCUCUGCUUCUUUCUGCAACUAUGAUCCAACCAAUUGUCCUCCACCAACGCUCUCAUCAACAUGGCUGAACUUGUUUUACCCUGACCAACUUCUCUCUUCACUCCUCUCACUUCCCACAAGCCAAAGGUAUAGCCAUGGGCCUUAGCUACGCCUGUCUCUUUGUUGGCUACAUGGAACAAUCCCUUUUCCAAACUUUCUCCGGUACCACUCCCCAACUCUUUCUCCAUUACAUCAACGAUUGCAUUGAUGCCACUUUCUGCAUCCAUGUGGAACUUUAUCACCGUUGCUAUUAACUUCCCACUCUCAAAUUCACUUGGAAGAUUUCUGACACUUCUCUCCCUUUUCUGAAUCUAUCUCAGAAGACAAGUUAUCCACUGACAUUUACCAUAAACUCACUGACUUCCAUAGUUACCGAGACUACACCUCUGCCCACCCUGUCUCUUAAGGAUGCCAUCCCUUUCUCCCAGUUUCCAGUUUUUCCAUCUGCUCUCAAGGAGAGGCAUUCCAUUCAAGAACAUCUGAAAUGUCCUCCUUUUUCUGAAAGUGUGGCUUCCCUUUCCCUGUGGUUGGUGAAACCUUCUCUCACAUUUUCUCAGUUUUCCAGACUUUUGCUCUCACCCCCCCCCCCAAACAGAACAGAGAGAGAGCUCCCCUCCUCCUCACCUUUCACCCCACUAGCCUCUGCAUCCAGCACAUCAUCCUUCGUCAUUUAUGAUGAGAUGCAACCACUAGCCAUAUCUUUCCCCCUCCAUUCCUUUCUGACUUCCGCAGGGAACACUCCCUCCAUGACUCCCUUGUCUGCUCAUCCACCCCUCCCUGACCCCAUGCACUUUCCCUGCAACCGCAGGAGGUGCAACACUUGUCCUCACACCUCCUCCCUCACCACCAUCCAGGGACCUAAACAGUCCUUCCAGCUGACUCACGUGUCCCUCCUCCAAACUCAUCUACUGCUUCUGGUGCUCUGGACGUGGCCUCCGCUACAUCGGUGAGACCAAGCACAGACUAGGUGACCAGUUUGCACAGCACCAGCACUCUGUCCGCAAUGGCCAUCCCAAGCUCCCAGAUGUAUGCCAUUUCAAUUGUCCUCCCCCCCGCCCCCCUUCACCCACCAGCUCCCCCUCCCCCUUCUGGUUCUGGCUCCAUGUCCCUUUCACCUCUCCUCUAAUGGUUCCCAUUAUCACCUUCCUUACUCAUCAGAUUCCGGCAUUGGUAGCCUUCGUGUUCCUGCUUAUCACCCUGGGGCAGUUGUCUCCACCUUCAUCCUCUCCUCACCACACCUAGCUCCAUCAGCUUCCAUCUAUCAUCCACCUGCCUCUGUCUCCCGACUCCAUCCCUUCCCCCCUCCCCCCCCCCAUCCACCUUCCUGGCUCGAUCUGCCUGUCACCCUUCACCUCUUCUACCCCCCUCCCCACCCUAUUAGUCCACCAAUCACCUCUUGCCCCGGUCCCACAUCACCCCCCUCUCCAUUCUCAGUCCUGACGCAGGGUUGAAUAACCACAUGGUUUUGAUCACAAAUAGACAAAAAGCAAUUUAAAUACUUGAGACUGUAAAAAGUCACAAGACUGAUCUUAAUAUUAGGGUGUUGAGUCAUGAGGAAAGACUACUCAGGUUCAUAGGUUAUUCAAGUGGAAAGGAAGCACGAUGCUGAUCUUGUAGGGUGUAGGAAAUAGCAGAUAACCUGGUAAAGUUGUCCCGGAAUAUUGCAAAUUGAGCUGUGAAUGGAAUUGGAGGAAAUAGGUCAAACUAAAUAAAGAUUUUAGGAGUGUAGUUAAGAAAUUCCUCCACACAAAGAGUGAUCAAAGUCUAGGAUACACUUCUAAAUAUAAUGCAAACAGAAAUAUCAGGAUAAUUGAAGAAAGAAUUGGAAGCUACAGUGGGUGGUGUUAGGAUCUAUCUGAGUGCAUCAAUGAAUGAAUAAAAUUAGCUUUCUCAUUAACCUGCAAUAUUUCUUGACAAUUGGCAUAAACUAGCUUCCAGAAAAAGCAUGUGUUGAGCUUCACAUAUCUCACCUAAAUAUUUAUCAAUAUGUUUCAAGUGGUGCAUCGAGAGAGCAACCUUUAUACAGGCAAUGUGAUAAUGACAGAAAGACCAAUCUCAUGUUCCCCACAUAGUCUGUACUAAUGGGUAUACCUGACUUCAUCAAUCAUGGAAAAAGUUGUAGGUGACCUACUACAUAAGCAGGUAAAUGCAUUGUAAAAAUUUCAAAUCUUUUAACUUCAAAAAUCAGGAAAAUUAUGUACACUAAAAUUUCUCAUUGUGCUUCCUCAAUGUGAGGCAAACUAUGAGUUUAUACUCCACUUCUUAAUUUAAAUAAUAAUACGUUAAACAGUUAAAUUUUUUAAUCCAGCAUGUGUCAUCAAGAUAAUGGGAAUACGUGGAGAGCAGCAGUCACAAACCAUCAGUAGGCAUAAUCCAAUCUACCAGGAGGGUAUUUGCAGUGAGUUCAAAUAAAUAGGAUUCUCUUACUAUUUGUCAUUUCUAAUUGUAGCAUGUCUAACAGAUCCUCUUAACAAUGGCUGGCUGCCAGAGGAUCAUCUGAAAUGUUUACUUUCUAUUAUUUUGCAAAAGUACAUCUCCCGGAACAUGUCAACAGAAAACCAACAGUGGUUUAGUGAGCCAAACCUGCAUGAUUGUCUUACAGUCAAAGUGCUGGCUGUUGUUUUUGUGAUGCAUUGCUUAUAUUAAAUUGUUUUUCCGCUAUUCUUCUCCAGAAACCAUUUUUAUUGAACUUCAUUUCCUCAAAGUAAAUGAUAGUUCCCUAUGUGUGAGCCUAAACAGCUGGUCUUUGCUCGCUGUUUGAUCAAGAGGCUCAUCAACAAUUAGAUAGGAACAUCAUGUACCUUCCACAUCCAGGACCCAAUGGUUAAUUAAGGAGAAUACAUUACUCAUCCACACUGUGUUCACUGAUGGAGGAAGUACAGUUUAUUGGAACCACAUCCCUGUAAAUUGCUACUUCCCCUGGAUUUAAGACUCAUCUCUGGAAUAUUGCUGGAAGCAACCCAGGAGAAAAGCCACAUGGAAGGUGAAAAUUAAAUUGCCAAUUUUUUUAACACUUUUGUUUACCAGCGUUAGGAUAUUGGACAUGGGAAAAAGUGCUGUUUUUGACAGUUGAAUAUCAUCCAGUCAGGUAAUGAGCAUUAUUUCCUCUCCAAUCAGUUUGUGAAGGCAGUGCAGUACAAGGAUGGGCAUGGUGGACACCCAGUAGCAAGAUUGUAGGGUAGGAGUAGUUAGCAGCAUGGGUCAUGUGAUGACAAAUCUGGAAAUGUACUCUGCCAGAGCUGGAAACCUACAUUCUAGUGGAAGCCACCAGCCCGGGAGAUGAAGGUAAAUCGGUAUAUCCCUUCUCUGCUGACUACCCUCACUUUCUAAUAUAAUCAUUAAAACAAUUGAUUCAUUUUGGUUUACUCAAGCACAAACAGAUUUAUUUAUUUUUUGAAAUACCUAUCUUUUACAUCAUCAACACAACACCCACCCUUGGCCAGAAUUGAUGGCCAGGCAACCUGCUCCAGGGUCCUUUCUUAUCUUACCCUGCCUGCAGAGAUGAGGCUGAGAUCUGUGUGUUUAAAUGGGUGACAGAUGCUUAUGAUAACAAUAAUGUACUAUUCUUCAGGCUACCAUAUUUUAACUUCUCAGAGUCAGCAGAAGUGCCCACCAGAGGCAGACAAAGGGUUAUAUAGAUUUGUUAAAAUUUGGAUUCAAUCACAGCAUUAAGACCAAUGCAAAUUUUACCUUAAGUACUGGCACAAAAGUUCACAUCCAUGUGUGUUCCAGUACACUGCAGUCAUGCAGAAUAUUGAAAUGUACUAACCUUUAUUUACCCUCCAUCAGUCCAUUGUGGAUGGUAUUGAAAUGUAAAUUCAGAUUGACAUUUUUAUUGUGUCAUAUUCUUGUCAGAUUUCUACAAAUUGUUUAGUGAUGAAGCUGUAAUUUAUUCUUGUGAUGAGGAAGAAUGUUGUAAGUGACCGCCAUGUUGAUGUAGCGUACUAAAUUAAGUGUGAUAAUGGUUUCUUUUAGAAAUAAAGUUAAUCUUUUGUGCUCUCUAUA